CGCGUUCGAUCAAAAAAGUGAGGAAUUCUUCAAUUUUUUAACAAUUUCGCAGGAUUCCAGACCAAAUUAGCAACAUUUGCUACGCCCGCCAUUGUUUCUUUUGCAAAAGUGGGUCAGAAAAGUGUUAAAAAAAACUAGGAAAAUCGUAACGCGAAAGAUCCCCAAAGAAAGAAGACCCCAAAAGAUCUCCAAAAAGACCGGGCUGAAUCCACAAAAAAGGAUUUCAAAUCUUUUUACAACACCACUGCUGGAAUCACUCUUAAUCAGCCCUAUCGGAUAAAGAAAUCUUCGGCCGAGAUCCGUAUCGAAAAGAAACCGUCGGAACCGGCAAGUGUUACAGUUCGUGAUUCUGCAAGGAUCUGUUUAACGAUCGAGUUAUUCUACCAGUCGUUACGGUCUCCUGGAAUAAAGAUUACGGAGGAUAGCCGAUACCAAUACUAGAACAUCAACGAAGACAACAACACCAGAAAAACGCCCAACAACGUUACUGAAAUUCACAGAAAAUUGGGACAUGUGGCAAUAGCAGCCGGUCUCUAAGAUAGCAGAGGGCUAUAAAAAUGGAGCUGGAAGAGGCCACCCUAAUUACGCCGUUGGCUGGACCCCGGCUAUACUGGACUUCACUGACGGCCGGAGGUGUCGCAGGGCUAGUGGUGGACGUUGCCUUGUUCCCGAUCGAUACGAUCAAAACGCGAUUACAGAGUGAACGAGGAUUCCUUGUUUCGGGCGGAUUCCGGGGUGUAUACAGAGGACUCGCAACUACGGCAGCCGGUAGCGCACCCACCUCGGCUCUGUUCUUCUGCACGUACGAAAGUUUGAAAGUACACCUGCGCGAGUAUGCUACCUCUCCCGACCAGCAGCCUUAUAUCCAUAUGAUUUCGGCCGCGGCAGCUGAAGUCGUCGCCUGCCUCAUCCGCGUACCGAUCGAGAUAGCAAAGCAACGCCGGCAAGCACUGCUACUCAAGGGCAACACAUCGUCCUUCGAAAUCCUUUACGGAGCGCUCCGGAAGGAGGGUCUCCGUAAGGGUCUAUACCGUGGUUUUGGUACGACCGUGAUGCGUGACGUGCCCUUCUCGCUCAUACAGUUCCCGCUGUGGGAGUACUUCAAGCAACACUGGACCGCGGUUACCGGUAUCGCACUGAGUCCGGUAACGGUGGCGAUUUGUGGAGCAGUAUCCGGUGCCAUUGCCGCCGGUUUAACCACACCACUCGAUGUGGCAAAGACGCGCAUCAUGCUGGCCGAUCGAACGGAUAGUGGACGGAUGGGAGGAAUGGGCAGCAUACUGCGCGGCAUCUACCGUGAGCGAGGUAUACGCGGUGUGUUUGCUGGCUUCAUUCCGCGCGUUAUGUGGAUCACGCUCGGUGGUUUCAUCUUUUUCGGAAUGUACGAUCUUACCCUGCGGCUGCUAGAUGCGAACGAAGAGCGGUAGUAGCGCGCACCAGACGCAGCACGAUGCAGACCCUGAAACCAAAUAGAGUGGAGGUACAAGGUACUUCCUAUUCGUUAAGUAGUGCAAUGUUUAGUUGAAGUUAGCAUUUAUUGUGACCACUGUGUACAUAAGUAAAUGUAUAUGGGUGCCGGAGCGCAAAAUGCACAAAACACCUCCU